UAGCACAAGCCCAAUUAUUGGUCGCUUCCCCCCACUCCCCCCUCCCAUGUAGGCCGACUUGGUGGAUCCGCCCGGAAGUGCCGCCAUUUUGGAACCUCUGCGCACAGGGAGAGUGAGAGCGGAGCGUGACCCGGGGGACGGCAAGCGGGAAACCGGAGCUGAGGGCGGCUCUUCCCCCCACUUGGUGCAAGUAACUUUCAGGGUCAUCUGAUCUUCAGGACUCUGAUCAAGAAAACGCUAAUGGGGGAUAAUUAGAAAGACCAUGGCAUCAUUUAAACUUGAUUUCCUGCCUGAGAUGAUGGUGGAUCAUUGCUCUCUGAAUUCCAGUCCUGUUUCCAAGAAAAUGAAUGGCACAAUGGACCACCCAGACCAUCCGGAUUCAGACUCUAUCAAGAUGUUUGUGGGUCAGGUUCCUCGAAGCUGGUCAGAGAAAGAGCUAAGAGAACUCUUUGAGCAGUAUGGAGCUGUUUAUGAAAUCAAUGUUCUCCGAGACAGAAGCCAGAAUCCUCCCCAAAGCAAAGGAUGCUGUUUUAUUACUUUCUACACAAGAAAAGCUGCAUUAGAAGCACAGAAUGCUUUGCACAACAUGAAAGUUCUACCUGGGAUGCAUCAUCCAAUACAGAUGAAGCCAGCUGACAGUGAAAAGAAUAAUGGUGGGUUAAACACAGUGCUGUUUCCAGAGCAUCCUGCGUCUGUGGAAGACAGAAAGCUCUUUAUUGGAAUGGUUUCCAAGAAGUGUAACGAGAAUGAUAUCCGGACCUUGUUCUCUCAGUUUGGACAGAUAGAGGAAAGUCGUAUUCUGCGAGGCCCUGAUGGAAUGAGCAGAGGUUGUGCAUUUAUUACAUUUACAACCAGAUCAAUGGCACAGAUGGCGAUCAAAGCCAUGCACCAAGCACAAACUAUGGAGGGUUGUUCCUCACCAAUCGUGGUCAAGUUCGCAGACACUCAGAAAGACAAAGAACAGAAGCGAAUGACGCAGCAACUUCAGCAGCAAAUGCAGCAACUCAAUGCAGCCUCAAUGUGGGGUAACCUAGCUGGACUCGGCAGCUUAGCACCCCAGUAUUUAGCACUUUAUUUGCAGCUCCUCCAGCAGACCACAUCCUCUGGGAACCUCAACUCCCUUAGUGGCCUCCACCCUAUGGGAGGUGAGUACGCCACUGGAAUGACAUCAGGACUUAAUGCCAUGCAGUUACAGAACUUGGCAACUUUGGCAGCUGCUGCAAGCGCUGCCCAGAAUACCCAGAGUGCAGGCUCAGCACUCACUUCUUCCAGCAGUCCCCUCAGCAUCCUAACCAGUUCUGGUUCCUCCCCCAACUCAAAUAACUCCUCCAUCAACCACAUGGCAUCCCUAGGAGCUCUGCAGACAUUGGCUGGGGCCACAGCUGGUCUCAAUGUCGGUUCGCUUGCAGGUAUGGCUGCAUUAAAUGGAGGCCUAGGCAGCAGUCUCUCCAACGGCACCGGCAGUACGAUGGAAGCCCUUAGUCAAGCUUACUCUGGGAUUCAGCAGUAUGCCGCCGCUGCACUACCUUCACUCUACAACCAGAGCCUUUUGUCACAACAGGGUUUGGGGGCUGCAGGGAGUCAGAAAGAAGGUCCAGAAGGAGCCAACCUUUUUAUAUACCACCUACCCCAGGAGUUUGGGGACCAGGACCUCCUGCAGAUGUUCAUGCCAUUUGGAAAUAUCGUGUCCGCCAAAGUUUUCAUCGACAAACAAACGAACCUCAGCAAAUGUUUUGGUUUCAUAAGUUAUGACAAUCCCGUUUCUGCUCAGGCUGCUAUCCAGUCCAUGAACGGCUUUCAGAUUGGAAUGAAACGCCUGAAAGUCCAACUCAAGCGCUCCAAGAAUGACAGCAAACCGUACUGAAACCUACUGCCCUGGGAAGUGAGCGAGAAGUAGUUCUGAUCCCUUCCUGCCAUUUGUCCAUCAUUGUGCCUCUAAAGCAUGUCGGUGUGGCGUUCAAGUACAUCGUCCAAAUCCUUGUUUCUUCAGCUUCUCUGAUGCUUGAACUCUCACCUCUGAAUUUUGUGCUGACCUUUGAUGCUAACAUGUAUUUUUUUUGUUUUUUUAAUGGUGUUUUUGUUUUUUUCUUUCUGUAUGUUCCUUUUGUGUAUGUGUGUUGCCAAAUUGGUUUUGCUACAAAGACUGCGAUGAGGGACACAAUAUUGAAACCUGAAUUUGAUUAUUAAAAAAAAGAUAUAAAUCUAUUUUUCUAGAAAACCACUUAAUUUUGAGAGGCUACUUUUUGAGCAGGCCUAGAUGGCACACCGUGUUUAAUAUCUGUGUCUGUGAAAUAAAGUCUACUCUCUCUUUCUGGAAUAAUUCUCUUUCUGAAAGAGAGAGUCGCAUUUUGCUGCCCUGAUUUCAAGAAAGAUUUUUUUUUUUUGGGUCUCUCUCUAGUAGAGAUGCCACUCCUAAUAGCUCAAAAAAUUGGCCUGGCGUUAAAGCUCAGGGUAAAGUCAAACUUUGCCGAAGUGCUCCAACAGCAAAAUGUGACUCGUCUAUCCUCUCCUAUAUGACUUUAAUUGUGCCAAAACGAAAGAAAAUCGAUCUCUGCCUCGUCCUGUGCAUGUCUUGUUUGUUCAUCAACGUCAGGCAGUUGCUGAGAUCAUCGAUUUACGUGUUUUAGAGGUAAAUGUGCAAAGCAGGGGGUGUCAACAUCUUUUUUUUUCCUUUUAAAGCUUGUUUAGCCGUGUCCUUUUAAUUUGUAAUGUUUUUGUGACUAGAUAUGCUGUAUAAGGCAUCCGGGCUGUGUGUUUGGACUGUGCUUUGCAAUUCAAGUCCUCCGCCAAGUUCUUUCCAUGAUCUAAGCUGAGACCAGUCAGUAAGGCCGGUGUUGGGAACUGUUCGUUGAUUGAAUCGUUUAACGUGCAGAACAGGUAGAUUUAAUCCUGCUCUUCCUCCCAGUUAAACCCCCUGUAUAAUAGUCUCCUCUUCAUUAUAUAAGGGCAAUAUCCGUUUGUUUCACAAAAACUCUCUACAAGAAAAUAUGGAGAGCUCCAUUGGUUGCUUCCCACUAUAAUCGGUGGCAAUAGCAUGAAAAUUCGGCACACUUGGUGACAAGGGGGUAAAGACGAAACCGUGAUGAUCUUGCCGUUUGAUUAAACAGAGCACAUUUUCAAUACAAGCCUUAGUAACUAGAGAUCAUACACGAUAUUGCCCUUUAACCCCCUUGAAGAUGAUGGUGGACAGCCAGGGUAGACUUUUUCAGAGGCGUUUGAGCUCUCAGGACCUUCAGUUUAAGGAGCAGAGUAGGGACAUUUCAAGAGCAUUUCCACUGUAAGAAGGUCUGACAUUUGAAAUGAGUGUAGUAUGCCGAUAAACGUAUCAAGAGGUGCACCUAAAAAAAUAGAAGAACCACUAAAACCUUUCAUGGCACUUAAACUGAGCCACCACAUUCUUUCAUUACUCUUCCAAAAACAUUCUGGGAGGUGUAGGCUUAAACCUUUUUGACUUUGGGCAAGUCUUUCAUACAGAUGGUUCAGUCCUGGUCAUCAGUAGGUGGUAGAUGAUUCAACGAUGAACUUCAGGCCUUCUGUAGAGUAUUUUCCAGUUAACAGGGUACCGCACAAUGUGUGGCCAUUUUCUUUUUUUUGUACCGAUGGUCUGAAUGCAAGAGCACAGUCUUAACACAGUCUGACAACAGUAUAUGAGCCUUCACAGGGGGGGACAAUUCCCUUCUCUUCCUCACAAACCCACAUCUCACUAGAGAAGCUUGUGCAGAAACCUCUCUGGAUAAAAAAAAUGCCAAAUGGCUUUCUUCUGACUACUUUUUAAGCAACAAAAAAAAAAAAGACAUUUUUGUUUUUUGUGGUGAUUUUAAUGCAUUGCCAUGUUGUUACCUCCGCCUUCCCGUUUCUCUGCUUGCUUUUUUUUUUGUGAAUAAUUCUAUAAAAGAAAAGAGAAAAAAAAAAAACUUUUGAAGACAAACCUGUGGGCUUUUAUAUUGGUACAAACUGAUUGUAGUUAACACUAGGGUUUUGUACAGUUUUUUGCCUUUUUCUACUAGAAAACAUGUAAAGUGAUUUAUUUCACAAUGUGAAAAAACAAAACAAAAACAAAAAAAGAUUGAAAAAAAUGCCACUAUAUGACCAAGUUGUCCUUCUGUGCUGCCGUAACAGGACUUCUAAUAUCUCCACCCUCCCUCACCGACGCUUUCCUUCUUCCCCUCGUGAAUUUUUUUUUCCUCUUUGUUAUGAUUUGCAAAGCAAAAUUAAGUUUGUUUUUUUUUCUUUUUCCUGUGUGAAAUUGUGUUGUAAUUUGUAGAAAAUUUGAAUUUUCUUUCAUGGUUUAUGAGGAAAAAAAAAAGGUAACCACUACGGCAUAGCUUAGCGCUGAGUUUGUGGAUUAAAAAAUGAAUUGUGUUUAAGUUUGAAACCAGCGUGUCUGUGUUAAAUGAUUAAUUUUUUUGUAAUUUUUUUUUUUCUCUGUCCCUCCGGUACUUACCGAUGUUUUAAUUGUGCGCGCGCACACACACGUAUUGACUAGAAGUCAUUUUGUAAACAGUGUGGUACCUUCCUUUGUUUGUUUGCUAUUAAACUGUUUGAGAAGA